CACACGGAUAGAGGAGCGUUGGUGCGCACACGGGCUCCACUUUUACGCGUCAGUUGUCCGCGUCAAGGAGUCAAAGCCGAACUCACCUGGGAUUUUUAUUUUUCAUUUAGAGAAACAGCACCAGUGUCUUCUUAACAUAUAUACCUCAGUUCCUUACCGCCUGUGAGUGAGUGUGUGUGAGUGUGUGUGCGUCUUUGUGUGUGCGCGUGAGCAAGUGGUGGAACCCCCCUGGGGGCACGUUUUUCCGUCAUGGGAGCGCGUGGAUGGAGCUCGGCGCGUCUCGGUUGGCUCGUCGUUGGCGGAUGUGUCGCGUUGUUCUGCUUCCCGCGGGCCGAGGCGGGCUGCGGGGAGCGCCAGAGCCCCAACUGCUGCACCGGCCGCGACAACGACUGCUUCGAGUACAGCAAGAGGAAGACGGCGUGCUACUGCGACACCUACUGCCAGAAGACCGGGGACUGCUGCGAGGACUACCGGCGCGUGUGCCAAAUAUCUGCAGCCAUUGACUGCGUGGCGGGCUCCUGGGGCCCCUGGUCGCCGUGCACGUCCCCGUGCGGAGUCGGCAGCACGGAGCGGAGUCGCCAAGUGUCCGUCCCCCCCAGGAACGGAGGCGCGCCCUGUCCCGACCUCAAACAGCGGCGGGGAUGCUUCGGGAACAACGCCAUAUGCGGCACGGCGAAAGAAGUGGCAAAGAUCCUGCCGGAUUCUUUCAAGAGGAACUUCAAGGACCCUUGGAGGCGACCACACAUGCUGAUGAAGGAGGAGAAGGCCAGCUACUGUGUGUACCUGCGGUUGAAGCAGGCCAGCGCGGCCUGUAAGCUCAAGUUGUGGAGCGCUCAGCUGGUGAGAGAGCGGCUGGUCUGUGCCGAGUGUCAGAGCGCCGCCAUGUCCAAGUCUGACCGCUGUGGAGGCGACGGCCUGGAGAGCACCAGAACCUUCUGGGCGGCGGCGGCGGUGCCGGGCUGUCACGGCUCCUGGGUGCGGGAGUCGUCCUCCGAGGGCUGCCGGUGUCCCCCCUACUCUGUGCUCUUCGUGUAAAACGACCACGAGACGACCCGCACACCCCCACCCGCCAACACAACCCCUUCCGAUCCAGAUUCCUGGACGGGUAAACUCAAGGAGAUCAGCAGCAUCCUGCCCCCUCCCUCCCCCUCACCUCACACUCUGCACUGUACACACUAUUAACUAAGCACACCGACACACUCGCAUUUAAAUCUUUACAGCCACGUUGUGUACUUAUCCUCCGCCAACGCACAGCAGCAUCUAUAUACCUUGUUGUUGUUUUUUCUAACCUCUGAAUCUCUGCUAUCUACCUCCAUCAAUGCAAGUGCAUUCGUGAAUGCAUAAUGUAUAAAUAUAUGAAUAUAUUAUUUAGCUUUAUACAUUUUCUACUUUUGAGCGUUUAUGUGUCAUGUACAUGUACCCAUAUAGCCACACGUGUUGUAUCCAACAGUCGGAAAAGAAAACGGCCGUCAGGGUCCUCAGUCGUGGGUGGGGGUGGAGGGGGUGGGGGGGGUCCCCUUAAUCCGCCCUGCAGGCUGGAGGCACCGAGAACUGGUUCAUCCAAGUCCUACCCGAUGGCUUGAACCCCUUGAGUCAAUAUAUCUGUGUUUCGCCACAUUUCUACCAGCAAGUUGAAUAUCGUCUUGAUUCUCAGGCGUUUGUCUCGACCAGCCCUCGUUAUUCUUCUUCUCCCUCGCCUCCUCUGAUGGUUUUAUUUUGGUGGUUGAAGGUGACUCUUGGCGUCUGUCACCUGAUAUGGUCGGAGAGAGUUGGGAGGAGGAGGAGGGGGGGAGCCACUGAGGAGGAUUUCAGCGUUUUCUCUGUCCUCUCACAGAAAUCCAUCCAACAGAACUCCCCGGUUAUAUACCGCCAUGUUACUCUCACUCUUGUGUUUGAUCUUCACUUAUUCUUUUUGUCCUUCACGAAAACAAACAAACAAACAAAUAAGCAAACAAGCAAAUAAACAAACAAGCAAACAAGCAGUCAGUUAUCUGGCACUUUCUGGUUUAAGAAAAGGGGAAACAUGUGGUCCCAAAAAAAAUAACAAUAAAAAAAUGCUUUUCUCGUCUGGAAAGCUGUGACCCUUUCUCUCUCUCUUCUCUCUCUCUCUUCUCUCUCUUCCUCUCUCUCGCUCUCUCCCCCCCGUGUCUUUGUGUUUGUAUGUUUAUUUAUUAUAAAACAAGUGAUGUUUUUAGUGCAGCACCGCAUACUCUGUACACUGUCCAUAAGUGAAAAAAUAAACUACGAUACUUUAAAUAUU